AUGAUCUCACAAAUACUUUUGGCAAAACUGUUACGUUCACUUACACUAAUAGUUCAACUAUUUGCUUAUUUCGUUCUAGUGCCAAACAACCGAAAAUCUGCUUCUGAAUUAUUCCACAAAGCAGAGCAUUUUUUUCUUAAUCUGAAUUUAUUUCCAUCUGUUCCACCAACUACCCAUGAACAUCAACUUCGAAAUCAACGCAUUUCAACACGAUUAUUCAUCUUUUUAUUAACUAUAUCAUUAUCUACCCUUCUCUUAUAUACAUCACUGAUAAAUAUUACAGAAACAGUUAAUGUCAAAGCACCGUCUAUUAUAGAAUAUGAACAACUCUAUAACUUAUAUAGUCAAACAUUAACAUGUGAAUGUACACAAAUAUCUAUUAACUAUGAAAAGUUUAUUCAAAUUCAGUACACAUUACAUCAAGUAUGUUACAGUGAUUUUGUUACACAACAAUGGUUUGAUUAUCUUGUCGCUUGGCCUGGAAACGAUGGAACAUUUUAUGAUACCUUUCGAGUGAUGGGCGUAUUUGUAUUUCAAGCCUUAUCUACACUCUGUAUCCUCGUUGAUCGAACAAUAUUAAAUCGUUUAACUCAGUUCAAUUCAACUCAAUAUGUAAGUGCAUUUGUAACACCUUCAAAUGUAUUUCAAUUACAAACUGAUGCAUUUGUUUCUCAAUUCCUAUCGUCAACAACAAAUGAAUUUUUGCUAUCAUUAGCCAUGAUACGAAAAACAACUCAAGGCAACGCCUUAGCCUCUGGGCAAUUCACUAAUUACAGAUUCUAUUUUGAUUCCGAUAGUGAUUUAUUUACAAUAUCUGCACAGUAUAGUGAUUGUACAUGUUCUUCAUUAGCCACAUGCAUCGAUCAAUUUGCAGUUGUGUAUUAUCCUAACUUCACGAAAAUAUUUUCUAUACCAGGUCUUUAUACGGGAUGUUAUAUAAUUGAAUCAUUACUUCAGUCUGAUCUGCAAUGUUU